AAAACAAAUUUCAAUUACGAUUUAGAAAAACAAGUUACAUAUGAAUUCACUUCAUUAUUUCUUUGAAAGUAUUCUGCAUUUGCAUGUUAGUCUUGUUAAAAAUGAGUGAUGUUUUUAAAGAGUUAUUGUAUUAUUUUUUUGUUUGUGACGCAAGUGAAUUCCCAAACGUUUCAAGUGAAAUUAAAACAGGGCAAAAUAAUCGGUAAAAGAUCGGAGACAGUUUUUGAUGGGCGUUCUUAUUAUGUUUUCUACGGGGUUCCUUACGCCAAGCCUCCUGUGGGGAAACUGAGGUUCAAGGAUCCGAAGCCUCCCAGAAAAUGGAAGCAUCCAUUUGAUGCAACUGUUGAAUAUCACGGAGCCUGUGCUCAAUCACAUAUUGUACAUAAACAUGGAUUGUACGGAUAUGAAGAUUGUCUUCAUUUGAAUAUUUAUACACCUAUGUUGCCAAGAGAUUCAAGUACACAGCCACUUAAAGCUGUAUUGGUGUAUGUUCAUGGAUAUGCAUUUACAUCUAGUAUAAGCCACAUAUACGGAGCCGACUUUUUGAUAGAGCAAGACAUCGUUUUUAUAACUGUCACCCACAGAAUAGGAGUGUUUGGAUUCUUAAAGGUUGAUGAGAGUGAACCGGAUGUUAAUAUGGGAUUAAAAGAUAUAGUAAUGGCGUUGAAAUGGAUAAGAAAAAAUAUUAAGCAUUUUGGGGGAGAUAAAAAUAAAAUUACAUUAAUGGGAAGCGACUCGGGAGCGACGUUCUUGUCAUUACUGCUAAUGACAAAACACAGAAAUAUGUUUUCAAAGAUGAUAUUGCAGAGUGGGUCAAUAUUUUCUCCUUCGAUAUUUCAAAGUGAUUACCAAAUGGAAAGGGAGACAUUUAAAAGAAACAUUAGAAAAAUGGGUAUUCAAGACUUGAGAAACGCUUCCAGUAAAGACAUAAUCUCUGCUUCACAAAAAAUAUACAGCAGUAAAGAAAUUAUUAAUUUCCAAAAACCCAUUGUGCCUUUUACUCCCAUUAUUGAAAAACAAUCAAAUAACUCUUUGCUAACGAUAAGGCCAGAAGAAUUUUUUAAAAGUGUUAAGAGACGAAUAAACAAGCCAAUUUUAGUUGGGUUCAAUAGCCGUGAAAGUAUAUCGGAAGUAAUACCGUUUUUACAUAAUUCACAUUAUUUGAACUAUUUUUCAUCCUUUUUUAAAUUCAUGAUCCCUUUCUCAGAUGGAUGCGUGUUUAAUUUCACGUCUGAUACUUACAACCGAGUUGCCAGUAUAAUAAAAAGUCAUUACUUCAAUAAUAGUAUUAAUGAAAAGUCCAUUGAUGAUUUUCUACAAUAUACUACAGAUUUAAAGAAAUAUCCUGUAUUGAAAUUUAUACAAGAGCAUCUGAAAAUUUCUAAAACAGAAACUUUUGUAUAUAAGUUUAACUAUGUUGGAGCUUUUAAUGCAGUCAGAGCCACAUCUAUGACUGGAGCUAAGGUCAAUGUCAAAGGAGCCUCAAAUGGCGACGAAUUGUGCUACAUUUUGAAAUGUGAACCAUUUUGGGAAAAUUACGUAAAAAUACACAACGAAACAGAAAAUCGCGACAGAAUAUUCAUUAAAUAUAUCACAGAGUUGUGGGCGAAUUUCGUAAAGACUGGCAAACCUACGCCUAAUCCCCAACCAGGACAUACAGUGUGGAAACCCAUAACACAAGAACAAAGUUAUAUCUUGCUUUUUGGAAAUGUUACAAAACUGGUUGACACCAAAACAGAAAAGGACACGUUUGCAUUUUGGAAUAAUAUUUACACAUCGUUCUACUCCAAAAUUCACUGUUCAAAAGAGCCACAUGAAGAACUUUAA